AUGCCCUGCAUCGGAGGUAGUGGCCUGGAAUCGAUCAAGGUGGUGCCUGUGGUGGGCCUUAACAUUGGCUGGCAUCCAUUGCAGGCUGAGAAGCAGUUGCAGGAAUUGGAGCAGCAAAACGAAUCGCUGUCAUCAGAGCUAUCCAAGGUCCAGACGAAGCUGUCUAAGAUCCAGAGCUCCGAGGCGGAAGGCCAAAGUCAGCUGCAAAGCUGCAAAGGAGAACUCAAGGGCUUGGCGAGCAGAGUGCAGGCGGCUGAGAAUGAAGCCAACGCAGCAAAGGCCGAGGUCCUCAAGUUGCAAAAAGAGCUUGAGUCUGCCGCUGUGCCUGCCUGGCUGAGGGAGGCCAUGAGCAAUACCAUGGCCUGGGUGGCUCCGUACACAGACAUGGCCACUUCACACCCAUUGGUGGGCAACCUGACCUCUGGGGCCAUGAAAUGCUCCAACAUGGCUGCCAAGAGUCUGUCAGAGGCGUACGCUGCAGCCAAGCCAACAAUGGACGAGUUCACUGUGAUGGCCAAAGAGUGGAUGACCUCUUCUUAUGUGGCUGCGAAACCUCACAUUGAUGUGGCAGUUGAGACUGUGCAGAAGUACACAUCGGAGGUGAUGGCAUCAGAAGCUGUCGCCAAUAUUAAACUUCAAAGCUCUGCCACGGCUGCAGAGCUGAAGCAGUACAUCGGAUCCCAGAUGGCGGCUGUUCCAGCGCUCCAGCCCUAUGCCACGCCAGAGACUCUUGACGUUGUGCUCUACACUCUUGUGUCUCUCCCAGGCCUUGUCCUGCUGUCUUUUCUGCCAGGAUGCUGCUGCAGAAGUGCCAAGAAGAGCAGGGCAAAAGAACAGAGCACAGGGGGUGCUGCCAAGGGGGGUGCUGGCAAGGGGGAUGCUGGCAAGGGGGGUGCUGGCAAGGGGGGUGCUGGCAAGGGGGGUGCUGGCAAAGACGGGAUAGACAAAUCUGCACAGAGCGCUGCAAAGGGGCCGAAGAAAUCCAAGAAGCAGAAGAGCUGA